AUGUUGUUCAACACCAAGUCCAUCGCCGCCUCCCUCCUCUCCCUGGCCGCCGUGGGAACCUGCCAGGUCAACGACCCCAACUACUACUGGACCGUCUCGGAGUGGAACGCUGGAACUGCCCGGAGAGGCGACUUCUACAGCUUCAAUAUUACAGGAUUCGCCUACCUAGACGUUCCAUCGUUCUCGGCGUUCUGCUCCGGUGAGAUCGUUGGAGCUCCCUUGGCGUACUGCGCCGUCAACGACAACAACCUGGCCAACCGUGGCGUUGCAGCCCGCCUGCUCCCCAGCGUAGGCGGGGAUCCCAAUAUCCAGGUCUCCUACCAAUUCACAGACGUUGCCACCAAUGCCUACUACAACUACACCGGCAACGCUACGACCAAGUUCACCCAGAGCGUGUCGCCUCCCCUCACCUUCACCAUCAGCCCCAACACCUCAUUCGGUGUUGGUGGUGCAUUGACCCGCGAGGGCUAA